AUGGAUGCUCCGAUAUCCCUCAGUCGCUUCUUACGACAACCACGAGAAGAGAAGGGUCGUGGUGUGGAGUCCCCGAUGCAGCUGAGGUACAUGAUGAUAGUGCGCUCUCUGAUGCACUACCUGGACACCUGGCCCUACGCAGUGUUCGAGGAGAACGUAUCCCCUUACCCAUUCAGGGGACGCAAGUUUUUAUUUGUCUAUUGGAUGCUCACAUUAUACGUCUGCAUUUGGUUCGUCAAAACCAACAUCGGGGUAGAUGCCUCUUCCCUGUCUAAGUAUGGAAGUAUCACUGUUGUUGUAAUGUGUCAGUUGAUACAAAUGUCCGCCGUAGUGGAACUCGUGACAUCUAAGUCCGAGGAGGUGAUGAAUGCUGUAUACAGCGUUCCCUGGGAGAGGAUGUCCGCCAGCAACAGAAACAUGGUGGCUCUGUUCCUGUUCAACGCGCAGAAUCCGAUGCAACUCAAGGCCAUGGGCAUGGUGCCUGUUGGAUUGCAAACAAUGGCUGGUAUCUUAAAGACAUCAUUGUCGUACUUCAUGCUGCUUCGUUCUUUCGCCGAUUGA